AUGACAAUAUCUGACAAUGGAGAGGGAUAUUUUGCGGAAAGAGAGGAUGCCCAGAUGAAAAAGCAGGAAGACAAAAAAGUACGUGAUGAAGAGAGAGAAAUUAGACGCAAAAAGAAGUUAGAGGAUGAUGAAAUGAAGGCUGAAAAACGAAGAAGGAAAGAGGCAGAGAAAACUGAAGAGGAGCAGGAGAAGUUAAAAGAGAAGGAAAGAAAGGAAAAAUAUGGAAAACUGGCAGAGAAGAAAUACAGGUGUGGGGUCUGUGAUAUAAGAGGACGAAUUAAUGAUGAAAUGUAUGGAAUUGAAUGGUAUGGGUGUUACAAUGACACGUGCAAAACAACCGGUUGGUAUCACUUUGAAUCUUUGUCUGACAGUGAAAAGGCAGUGAUAAGGGAAAGUCUAGAUGAUGAAGAUGUCAGGUGGUACUGUAAGGCUUGUUUUCCUCGUCUGUACGAGGAGGAGUAG